AUGACGGAGUAUUUGAAGGAUCUCGAGAGGACGGAGCCCGGGGACCCGAUGCCGCCCAUCAAUCUUGGGCCCUACGACAAUCCUUUGCUCUGGAACAUGCUGGAUCCCUUCGGUGCCGAUCGUGGCCACCAGCGCCGACCCAUGUCGGUGUCCCGCAAUUUUAUGGAGUUGCAUAAUGUUCCCAUAAUGUUUCGGGACCAGUGUGUUCACCGAUGGGUGCCACUUCACCGAUGCAUUAAAAAUUUGAAGCCAGUUACGUGGGGAACGGCAAAUUGCCACGAGUUUGAGGAAGCCUGGGUUGUGUGCCGCGCGUACGAGACAUAUCGGAGUCAACUUUUGAAGUCAAAGUUUAUGGAGCUAACGAAGGAUUACACGGCUGAAGACAAGAAGUUUUUCCCUAGCUUGCUGUACUUGGGUUUUCCCACUUAUAUGAACUCUUUUUAUUGGACAAUGGCAGCGUCACAGCGACUUAGUGGAUGGGAUGAAAGGGACCCCGCAAAUCCGAUGAUGUGGCGCGAGCCUAACAGGGCUCUUAUGCGAUCUGAGUUUUCUCCUACUAUUUGGGAAAAAGGCACUAUGACGAAUGCAAUCGGCCACAAACUUAUCCCAGAUGAGAUUGUAUACGAUAUGGUGCCUGGAUUUCCGCUUCCAGAAGAUAAGCGUCCAGAAACGUUCGUGUAA